ACAGCUUCAGCAUGAACUAAGGUUAUCGACGAUGAGAGAUCGUCGUGGAAUUGCCGAGAGGCAAGGUAAGGAUUGCAAGUGUUUUGCUAUCUGAAUUGUAGGGGGGAUGGAGGCAUAAAUUAAUGUUACUUGACAUAUUUAACUUCCCAUUUCUUUGCACAAAACCUGCCUUCUGUGCAAAGAAAACUUAGAACCCAUCCUCCGAAGAUAUAUGGGAGGAUUUCUAGGCUGAAGAACUCGAACAAGGUGUGAAUCUAGAAUAUUGAAAUGCCCUUUAGAGUUGGUUUCCAGUUGCCUUCUAGGAAAGUUGUCUCUCAAUCAAGAAACCAGCAAAGAAAACUUCCUCAUAUAUCCUGAUCGAUGGCUCCUGUGUUGCAUUGUUCCUGAAGAUUUUGUUCAUUUGUUAUGGAAGAGCAAGAGGAUAAACAACCUCCCCAAAGGAUUUCUCUUGCUUAUGUGGAACAGGUGAACUCUGACUUUAUCAUGGCCUUGGCAAUGCAGCAGCAGGAGCACGAGAGGGCCUAUACGAUGCUUGAGACCAUCGAAAGUGACAGUGACGAAGACGAAAGUUUUGAUUCCAACAGCAACACUGGUCUCGACACCUAUGAUCCCUUGCAAAGCCAAGAAUUUCAUUCCCGGUGGGAUUUUCUUGCAGACGACGAGGAAACUACCGAUGAAGAUAUGGACGAAGAUGUAGAUGAAGAUGAGUUGGAUGAUUUCGAUUUGGACGAGCUAACUUACGAGGAGUUGGUUGCAUUAGGAGAGUUCAUUGGAGAAGAAAAGAGGGGCCUACCUAUGAACGAAAUACCCUCGUGCCUGCACUCAGGCAAGUUUCGAACAAUCGAAAACAAAAGUGGAAUGGAUCGGUGUGUGAUUUGCCAAGUUGAAUAUGAAGAUGGUGAAGAAUUGGCUGCUCUUCCUUGUGAGCAUCCAUACCAUUCAGAGUGUAUAAGCAAAUGGCUUCAAAUCAAAAGGGUCUGUCCAAUAUGUGGCACAGAAGUUUCAUCCCCCAAGGCCAAGGCUUCUUAAAAUGCAUAAUCUCUUCAUAAAUUGAUUAUUGAUGAUAAUUCAAUAAUAUAAUAUUCAUGAUUUAUUCAUUAAUUGAAAGGGAUAUGAACAUACCGAACUUCACGAAGAAGAUAGGGACCUUUCUUUCUUCAUAUUUCGAUUUUUCGAUGCAAAU